UUCAACGGAACAGGAAUAACCGAAGAGUAAAGCGAUGAGAUAUAAAUUUUAGUUAUAUAUUUGCCGACUAUUCAACAAAAAGAGAAAUUAAUGGCCAUGAGCUCCUAUUUGAUCAACUCCAACUAUGUGGACCCCAAGUUUCCACCGUGUGAGGAGUACUCUCAGAGCGACUAUCUGCCCAGUCACUCCCCGGACUAUUACAGCUCCCAGCGGCAGGAGCCCGCUGCCUUCCAGCCGGACUCUCUCUACCACCACCCAACGCACCACCAGAACCAUCAUGCGCACCCACCGCAGCGAGCCGAGCCGCCAUUCACGCCGUGCCAGCGCGCCGCGCAGCCCGCCUCCGUGCUCAUGUCCCCCCGGGGUCACGUCCUCCCUCCGACCACCGCCAGCACUCCACUCCCGGAGCAGAGUCACCGCUGCGAGUCGGUGACACCCAGCCCUCCUCCGCCUCCGUCCUGCGGUCAAACGCCGCACAGUCAAAGCUCUUCUUCCCCCCCGAGCGCCCGCAAGGACCCCGUAGUGUACCCGUGGAUGAAGAAAGUCCACGUAAACAUCGUGAGCUCAAACUACACGGGAGGAGAACCCAAGCGCUCGCGGACGGCCUACACGCGCCAGCAGGUCUUGGAGCUGGAGAAGGAGUUCCACUACAACCGGUACCUGACGCGCAGGCGCAGAGUGGAGAUCGCGCACACUCUUUGUCUCUCGGAGCGCCAGAUCAAAAUAUGGUUUCAGAACCGGAGGAUGAAAUGGAAGAAGGACCACAAGCUGCCCAACACCAAGGUCCGCUCCGGUUCCAACGGCACUAGUACGAACUCGCAGGGGCUUACCGGGUCUCAGAGCCGGGCAAGCGGACCUCUAUAGCCCGUUGACUGGUGAAUUAACCCUUUCCGUGUGGUGUUGCCUCCCCCCAAAGCCUAUAAUAAACUACGGUUGAGACGUGUUUGGACAGCUUUUUGCGUUUGGAUUCGGAAGGAUGUCACUGCUGCCUAUGCUACUCACUAUAAAUGACACUGUUUUACUUUGGAGAGACACAUAAUUCAUAAUUCAGAGUCAGAAAUGUAACAAAAGCAAGCAAGGAAGGAACCGAGAACACUUCGGCAGCUCCAAUCGCUUUUCCUUACCGUGUCUUUUGUGACAGUAAACGGUAGGCUCCAGACCUGUACGUACGUGCGUGUGCGUGCGUGCAUGCUUUUUGUGUUUUUUAUUUUUUUUAUAUAUAUUUUUUGGCUGAAGAUGGAUUCUCAUUUUCAUCUUUAAUCACGCCAAACCCGGGGCCCAUUUGUCAUGUUUACUCUGCGAAGCAAAGGGGUGAAACGGCGGCUCCACUCCACCUCCCUUCUGUUUUUCUGCACCCCUCCCCAAAAUCACCUCUUUCUUUCUCUCUUCUUUCUCUCUCUCUCUCUCUCUCUCUCUCUUUCGCGCGCGCACGCACACACACACACACACACACGGACGCACGCGUAAAUAAAUAUAAGACAUCAAAAAGCCAUGCUGUUGUUGUAACAUAUGUGAUCCAAAUGGCGCCAUAGCUUUUCAUUUUUUUCUAGUUUUUUUGGAAUAUUUGAUUGUACACGCUGCUGUUGGAACACAUUUCUGCGCUCCGUUACGCACACACGUCUCCAAAAAGGCAUGUUUCCACUCCCGCUCUCAUACAGGGUCAGAACAAAAAGCACUCACAUUUGUUUUUAUGUAAGCACUAUUAUACAACGAUCACGAUUAUUACCUCGUUUAUUUGCUCGUAUGAAGUGAUUCUAUUUUUUGAAAUAGCGUGACGACUUAUAGAAACCUAUGAGCUGCAUUACGAAAGCAUUUCUUGUACGUUAAAAAAAAUAAAAAAAAAUAAUAUCAAAUGUAAUUUAAGUUGGGGACAUUCAGAUAAUAUGGAAACAUUUAUAAUUGCAUGUCUGUUAUUUUCUGUUAGUCUCCUCUUUUAGAUAUUUUAAGUAAAGUGUUAUUUUAUUUACAUUCCAAAGAUCAGUUUUAUUUGAUGAUAAUAUUAAUAAUGAAAAAAAAUGUUUUCCCUCAAAUGUAUUCGUCGCUCU